AUGAUGGAAAUUACGCGAGAAAGUGAGUUUUUCAGGGAUGAUCCUGAUUCAUUUCCAUGUUUCUUUUCAUCAUCCAGUCAUCAUCUUCUUCCCUGCACAUUGCAAGGGUUUUGCAGCCGGCUGGAACUCUGGGUGAGCCGGCUGGAACCGUGGGUGACGCUGAGAAUCGCUGCCCUCUAA